CUUAUGAUCGCUUCUCUUCCUCCAACCAAGAUGCCGCCUGCAAAACGUCAAAAGCUCUCUCCUCCAAAUGAGUCCGAUGUCUCUGAGCACGAAGUCAUCGAUGCAUCAGUAGCCAGCGACGCAGAAGGUUCUGCAAGUAUUGCCUCUGGUAGUGGAAAUUCUUCUCCAGACACCGAGGAUGAGAUCGAGGCCUCCAAAUUCACAAAGUCAAAGAAGACGUUGAAGCGGAAACAUCGAGCGACAGACGCAACGCGUUUUGGUUCUACACUUCAAUUCCUGUUGAACACAGAUGCUCCUUCUACGUUACCUUUGUCGUUAAAACCGUCUGUUAACCGGAAACGCAUCGACGAGAAGCUCGAGCUAAAAGGAAAGAAGAUAUUGCAGGUGGAGAAGAAGGAGAAGGAAGAGAAGAGCCGAAUAAGAGACGUUAUUGGAGGAUGGGGAGGUGAGGGCGAGAGGGCAUUGCGCAAGGUUGCGCAGAGGGGAGUUGUCAAACUGUUCAACGUGAUACAGCAGUCUCAGGCACAGACAAAUGCGGCCGAGGAGGGUCUCAAAGCGCAGCGAGGGACAGGAAAGCCUACGCUUCCUGCGCCCGAGAUUGACGGCAAGUUGAAGAAAAAAGGAAAGCAGAAGGGUGCCCUUGGCGGUGCUAGGGAAGCUGCUCUGGGUCAGAACGAUUUCCUGAAUAGCAUCAAGUCUGGGGGCAUUGUCUCUAAAGUCUGAUGGCACCGCACUGGGAUCAUGGGACUUGCAUACACCUGCGCGCGGCCUCAGCAUGGCUGCGUACUCCUUAUUAGUUUGACAGCGAGUGCCACUGGGCACGUCGAUAUUAAUAUACCAUGAGACAGACCGGGGGUAUGGAAUACCGAAUAGAUAUCGCUAUCCUUAUUGAGGUCCAAUUGCGGUCUUACCGUGGUCUUACACUCGCCCCAUACAUGGCUUUAACGCAAGCAUGGAAGCGUACAAUUGAGAGGAACUGGGCAUUUUCAAUUUGAAUAUCUUGAUCG